AUGCCAAUACGACAACUUCAAUACUUGUUAUGUCUAGCAUUCGAUGAAUCAACUGUUGGAGUUGCAAGUACUACGUCAAAACAAUCCACGGACGCUCACUCACCGUUUACGUCUUCCACUAGUAGCGAUUUGACGCAAUUACUGAGUGAUGAUUGCGAAUCGAGCAUUAAUUCGACAUCAACAUUGUCAUCACCUAUUUCACCGCUCGCCACUAAUGAAAGACAGCCAAGGAUUACGCGACCUAACGUAAUCCAAAAUCCAGUGCAUCGUCCAGUUGCAACUAAAAUUCCGCAAAGUGCGGUACCACAAGUGGCAACCGGAUUGUCACCGCUACAACCGAGCGCUAUCAAUCCGUACAAUACGCUGUUGCAUGAAUUCUGGCGGCGUAGCUCGGCUUUAGGUGUUACCACAGGCGGAAUUUGGGUACCACCGCAACCAAACCAUGGUGUUGCCGCAACGCCACAUAUUGCUCGACCAUGUUCACCCGGACGACCACCUGCAUGCUCACCUGCACCCGCGUUUGCAGCAACAGCAAGUCCACCAUUUGGUACUACACUUGCCGGGACGCUUUAUCCUUCCACUACUCCUACAAAAGCAUCAUUUUUUGCCGCUCAACCGCAACAUCUCCUCCCUUUGAGCAUUCCGCCACCGCCAUUGGCAACUUCGCCGACUGCCUUCCAAGCUGCCUCCAGUAAUUCGCCGUACCUGCGUAAUAGACAUCCAUAUCCAGUGCAAAAAGUGCUUGAUUCUUCAGUAAUUACUAAAGAUUUCAAUACAAAAUAG